UAAGUCAGGAAUGGCCGAUAACAAUGGGAAUUUGGGCAAUGUUUAUCUUAGAUUAGGAGAAUACGUAAAAUCCGUUGGCUAUUUAAAAGAAGGUUUAGAAUUGAGUACUGCUAUUGGUGAUAAGCCAGGUAUAGCAAGUAAAAAUUGCAAUUUGGGUAAUGCCUACCUUUGUUUGGGAGAAUAUGAGAAGGCAACAGCCUAUUUUAACAAAGGUUUAGAAAUUAGAACGGCUAUUGGCGAUAAAUCAGGUAUAGCAACUAUAAAUGGCAAUGUGGGCAAUGUUUACCUUAUGUUAGGAGAAUAUGAGAAAGCCAUUGAAUAUUUUAAAAAGAGUUUAGAAAUGCGAACUGCUAUCGGCCAUAAAUCGGGAAUAGAAACUAACUAUGGCAAUUUAGGCAAUGCUUACCUUAGAUUAGGAGAAUAUGAGAAAGCCAUUAGCUAUUUUAGAAGAGGUUUAGAAAUUAGUACUGCUAAUGGCAAUAAGUCAGGAAUGGCAGCUAACAUUGGCAAUUUGGGUAAUGCCUACUUCUAUUUAGGAAAAUAUGAGGAAUCCAUUGAAUGUUAUAUAAAAGGUUUAGAAAUGAGUACUGCUAUAGGCGACAAGUCAGGAAUAGCGACUAAAAAUGGGAAUUUGGGCAAUGCCUACCUUACUUUAGGCGAAUAUGAGAAGUCCAUUGACUAUUUCGAAAUAGGUUUGGAGAUGAGUACAGCUAUUGGUUAUAAGUCAGGAAUGGCCAAUAACAAUAGCAAUUUGGGCCUGACCUACCAUAGUUUAGGACAAUAUGAAAAAGCCAUUGAGUAUUUCAAAAAAGGAUUAGAGAUAAGUUCUGUUAUUGGCGAUAAAUCAGGAAUCGCAAGCAACAAUAGCAACUUUGGUAAUGCUUACCAUAGUUUAGGAGAAUAUGAAAAAGCCAUUGAGUAUUUCAAAAAAGGUUUAGAAAUAAGUAUCGCUAUUGGCGAUAAGUCAGGAAUGGCAAGUAACAAUGCCAAUUUAGGCAUGACGUACGUUAGUUUGGGACAAUAUACCACGGCCAUCGAAUGUUGCAAAAAAGGUUUAGAAACGAGUACUGCUAUUGGUGAUAAGUUACAAAUAGCAAGAAACAGUGAAAGGUUAGGUUUAGCCUACCUCAAUUCAGGAGAGUUUGAGAAAUCUAUUGACUAUUUCAAAAAGGGUUUAGCAAUGAGUACUGCUAUUAGCAAUAAGUCAGGAAUAGCGAGCAACAAUUGCAAUUUAGGAAUUGCUUAUCUUGAAUUAGGAGAAUGCGCGAAAGCCAUUCGCUAUUGCACAAAAGGUUUAGAAAUAAGUGCAGCUAUUGGCGAUAAGUCAGGAUUAGCAAAUAACAAUGCCAAUUUGGGUAAUGUCUACCUUAAAUUAGGAGAAUAUGAGAAAGCUAUUGGCUAUUUUAAAAAAAGUUUAGAGAUGAGUACUGAUAUUGGCCAGACGCGUGCAGUUGCCUCUAACAAUGGCAAUUUAGGCAAUGCCUACCUUAGCCUUGGAGAUUAUGAAAAAGCCAUUGACUCUUUCAAAACUAGUUUAGAAAUGAGUACUGUCAUUGGUGACAAGUUAGGAAUAGAAAAUAAUUAUUGCAGCUUAGGUCUUGCUUAUCUUGAAUUAGGAGAUUAUGAGAAAUCCAUUCAAUAUGGCAGAAAAGGUUUAGAAAUUAGUACUUCUAUUGGUGACAAGGCAGGAAUAGCAAAAAACACUGGUAAUUUGGCAAAUGCCUACCUUAGUUUAGGAGACUAUGUGAAAGCCAUUGAUUAUUGCGAAAAAGGCUUGGAUUUGAGUCGUGCUAUAGGCGAUAAGACAGGAAUAGCAUCUUGGAAUGGCAAUUUUGGCAAUACUUACCUUAGCAUCGGAGAGUAUGAGAAAGCUAUUGACUAUUACAAAAAAGGUUUAGAAAUGAGUACGGCUAUAGGGUAUAGGUCAGGCAUAGGAACAAACAAUUUCAAUUUGGGCAUUGCCUGCCUUAGUUUAAGAGAAUACGUGAGAGCUAUUGAUUACUUCGAAAAAGGUUUGGAAAUCAGUACUGAUAUUGGCGAUAAAUCAGGAAUAGCAAGUGCGAAUAACGGUUUGGGCAGUGCUUAUAGAUUCUUGGGAGAAUAUGAAAAAGCUAUUGAUUAUCAAAAAAAGUGUUUAGAAAUUAAUGCCGCUAUUGGCAAACAGUUAAGUAUAGCAAUGGUCAAUUGCAAUUUGAGCAAUACUUAUACAUGUUUAGGACAAUAUGAAAAAUCCAUUGAGCAUUCGAAAAAAAGUUUAGAAAUCAGUACUGCCAUCGGAAAUAAGUCAGGAAUAGCACAUAGCAAUUGCGAUUUAGGCAAUGUUUACUUUAGCAUUGAAGAAUACAACAAAGCUAUUGACUACUACAGAAAGGCAUUAGAAAUUAGUACUGUUAUUAGUGAUAAAUCUGAAAUAGCUAUUGAGAAUGGCAAUUUGGGCAGUGCCUACCUUCGAUUAGGAGAAUACGAGAAAGCCAUUGACUAUUACAAGAAAGCUUUAGAAGUAAGCAUUACCAUUAAUGAUCCGUCACUCUUAGCAAGUAUUAAGAGCAAUUUAGGAGCUGUACAUCGAUGUUUAGGACAGCAUGAAAGUGCAAUAUCAUGUUUAGUGGAAUCUAUCAGCAUCUUUGACAAAAUAUUUUUAAACUCAGUACCAGACCAAAAUAAGUUGUCAUUCACUAAACAAUACUUUACCAACCAUGUAAUGAUGAUGAGUUGGUUUAUUUCUCUUGGGCGCAUUGAAUCUGCAUUAUUAGUCAUUGAUCUUGGAAGGGCUAAAGAACUUCAUUGCUCCAUUGAAAGAAAAAAGAAAUCUUUGAAUACAAAAAUGUUCGAUUAUGCAAAUGCGCGUUGGAAGAGAAUCAAGAAUUGUGAAGAACAGGUAGAAAUAGAAGAAUUACAGAGCAUCCUCCAGGUAAGCAGUAACGAUACUUCCAUUAUAGUAUUUGCUUUCGAUUUUCAAGGUUUUCUCAAUGUUUGGGUGUUGAAUGAAGAAGUAAUCUUUAGUGUAUCAAAAUCAGAAGCACGAUUGGAAACAUUUGUGCAACUGAUAAGUGAAUUGUUCAGAAUGGUGAAUGUGAAUGUUAAUCGGGAUUCUUCGUUUUUCGAACUCGAUUCAGUGGCCAGUAUUGAUGAAAAAUCGAUUCUUCCUUUGGACGUUUUUAAAGAAAAAUCUCCGUCUAAAAAUCAUUUUGAGAAACCUUCUGUUGGUGAUGAUGAUUUAAACCAAGACGGUAUUUUGAAAACAUUGUUUAAACUGCUGAUUGACCAUGUUAGCGAUGUGAUUAAAGGCAAUAAGCUUAUAGUUGUUCCGGACAAGCAAUUGUUUUUUGCCCCAUUUUCGUCAUUGAUUGAUGAAAAUGGUUGUCAUUUAUCCCACAGUUACAGCAUUCAAGUUACGCCAUCAUUACACACUCUAAGGUUUAGCAUUGAACGCUCUCAAGAUCUGGGCCUUGGUUUUGCGUUGUUUGUUGGUAAUCCAACCGUUGGAACGGUUUCCUUAAAUGGAAAAGAAUUUUCACCCCCUGCCUUACCAAAUGCUGCUAGAGAAGUUGAAUGUCUUUCAAAGCUCUUCAAUGCUAGACCCUUAGUGGGGCGUGAAGCUAGAAAACAGAUUGUACUGGAUCUUUUAUCUGGGGCUAGCAUAAUCCAUAUCGCUGCUCACGGUGAACAACUUCGAGGUGAAAUAAUGCUUUCCCCUAACGUUUCUUCGACUCGGCCAUUUUCGACUCUUCCUUAUCCAGACGACUACCUUCUCUCACAGAAGGAUAUUGUAAAUACUUCUUUGCUAGCUAGCUUGGUAGUUUUAUGCUGUUGCCAUACCGGGCAAGGUGAGAUUUCUUCCGAAGGUGUCAUAGGUAUUGCUCGGGCAUUUAUUGCAGCCGGGGCUCGCACUGUUCUCGCCACUCUAUGGCCCAUUAGUGAUGAUGCAACGAAAGAGUUUAUGGAAGUAUUUUAUGGUGAGUUGUGCCAGGGAACAACGGUUUGUGAAGCCCUAAGAAAGACAAAGAAUCUCUUCCAAAAACACCAAAUCCAGGCAUACCGGUCUUACAAAAUCUGGGCCCCAUUUACCAUCUACGGGGAGGACGUGGUUUUUCAGAAACGUGACAUCGAAAAUAUCAGAGAUAAAUCACGUGACAUGUUCUCUGGUUUUGUUGUAUUGCCCUAAGGUUUGUAAGUAUAAUAAUUAUAUAGCUUUGUUUAGCCAGAAUCGGAUUUGAAAUAUUCUGUUUUUUAAAUCAAUAUAAGUAGACAUUUCCUCUCUUCAAAGUGUGAUAGUGCAUUGGACGAAGUAUUGGUAUGCAGUGUUGCAGUUAUCGCCAAGCCGUAAGUAUAUAUCAAUUUCAAUUCAAAAUGUGAUUUAAGAAUUACCUAUCCCCAUUAUUUGUAUACUUAUUCGCCGGUCCCAAGAAGGGAAAUAGAAUUUUCUUGCAAGUUGUAUGAACCAUGCUUUCAUCUCUUUGUUAUUGAGGUAUCGGGCCAGUCAGGAUUAGAACAUUAACCAGUUUACUUCUCUUUAAUUCCCAAUAUGCAAGUAAAAUUAUAUGUUGGAUAUCAUUUCAGUGUUAAAACAAUACACUAUAGCAAGCAGAUAUAUUCUAUUAUUUUUCUCCACUCAUCAUCGGUUUACAUCCAAUAGUUAUAUUCUUGAAAAAAAGGGGGGUAGCUGCCUGUAUGAAAUUUUCACUGAUGGAAGCAGCACUUUAUUUGACUUUGCAGAUUAAACUUUUUGUGCAAGCAUUUGAACUUGCUCCCAGAAAUAAAUGUACACUUGUUUCAGGCA